GAUGACGGCGAAUGGCAGGGACCCAAAAACGCAUCCAGAGAAGCCAAACCCCCAUUUCCUCCUCCUCUUCCUCUCUGAUUUAUUCAACUCAGAAGCAAUAGAAAUAUCCCAUAAUUCAACUCGCCCCAUCCCUAAUUCAAACUUGGAACCCCAUCUGUCCACCACGCCAUCCUAUUCCUUUUUUCCCUCUUCCUCCUCCCCAAUAGAAAAUAAAAGCAGAGAGAAGGAGGGAUUUAUAGAUUGAUUGGAUGAGAUGCCGAGCGUGGCGGUGAAGCUGUACAGCGUUUUCUUCAAGCUGCUGCUCAAGCACCGGCUACACGGCUGGAUCGACGGCGGAGCCGCGGCGGCCACCGCCACCGCAGGCCACUUCGGCAUCACAUCCCGCCCGGAGGAGUCGAUGGCACCCGCCAACCCCUCCUUCGGCCCCGACGGCGUCGCCACCAAAGACAUCCAUAUCGAUCCCCUCACCUCCCUCUCCCUCCGCAUCUUCCUUCCCGACUCCUCCCUCCCCCGCCCCAAACCCCACCCCGCCGUCCGAUCCCUUGAUCCCCCUCGCCGCAACAGCUGCGGCGGCAACGCCGCCCCCGCCAACGACCGCGCCGCCCGUCGAAGCAGCUUCGACGCGCCUCGAUCCGCCGCCGAGAACGGCGUCGGCGGUGGAUCCUAUCGCGGGUACCUCCCCUCGGUCGCGGGCGACGGCCGCCACCGCUCAGGUGGUAGUCGGAAGCUCCCCGUGAUCCUCCAGUUCCACGGGGGCGGGUUCAUCGCUGGGAGCAAUACGUGCGCGGCGAACGAUGUCUUCUGUCGGCGGAUCGCCAAGCUGUGCGAUGUGAUCGUGAUUGCGGUCGGGUACAGGCUGGCGCCCGAGAAUCGGUACCCGGCGGCGUUCGAGGACGGGCUGGAGGUGCUGAAUUGGUUGGGGAAGCAGGCGAAUCUCGCGGAGUGCAGUAAAUCUUUGGGCGAUGUGAAGGGAGGAGGGGAUGGUGAUUCGAAGAGGGCGGACAUUGUUGACACGUUUGGGGCGUCAACGGUGGAGCCGUGGUUGGCAGCUCAUGCUGAUCCUUCCAGAUGUGUUCUCCUUGGUGUGAGCUGUGGUGCAAAUAUUGCUGACUUUGUGGCUCGCAAGGCUGUUGAAGCUGGGAAGCUCAUUGAGCCUGUCAAGGUUGUAGCCCAGGUUCUAAUGUAUCCCUUCUUCAUUGGCAGUGUACCCACCCACUCAGAAAUAAAGCUUGCAAACUCUUAUUUUUAUGACAAGUCCAUGUGCGUACUUGCUUGGAGACUGUUCUUGCCUGAAGCCGAGUACAGCUUAGACCAUCCAGCUGCAAACCCUCUCGUGCCCGGAAGGGGGCCUCCAUUGAAGUGCAUGCCCCCAACCCUGACGGUGGUGGCCGAGCAUGAUUGGAUGAGGGACCGUGCGAUUGCUUACUCUGAGGAGCUCCGAAAAGUGAAUGUUGAUGCACCAGUCCUUGAAUACAAAGAUGCAGUUCAUGAAUUUGCCACACUCGACAUGCUCCUCAAGACACCUCAGGCACAAGCUUGUGCGGAGGACAUUGCCAUAUGGGUGAAGAAGUAUAUAUCAAUCCGAGGUCACGAGUUCUCAUAUUAGACGCGGUAGUUUUGUGUAUUAUAUACGAGGGAAGGGCAUCACUGCACAUUUUUCAAACCAGGCUCUCUUAAGGUGAAUUUGAUUAGUGAGUUUACUGUGAGAAAAAAAUUUUCAUAACCUUUAUUUUUUUGUAUGAUGUAAUAUGUGAAGAGUAGGCUCAGUUCAAUCUGAUGCCGUUCCCUUUAGUUGUUGAUUCUUUUAUUCCCUUUUAUGAGCUUCCCCAGUA